GGUUUUAUAAAUUCGCUAUAUAAACUCAGCUAUACCUCCAUUGAUUCUUGCCCUGAGCCCUCCAUCGUUUUUUUGCAGGUUCCGCUACAAUCCGCCGUCAUGGUUAAGUACUCAAGAGAACCUGAUAAUCCCACCAAGUCUACUAAGGCACGAGGUGCAGAUCUUAGAGUUCAUUUCAAGAACACUAGGGAAACUGCGUUUGCAAUCAGGAAGUUGCCCUUGAUCAAGGCCAAAAGGUACCUGGAAGACGUUCUUGCACACAAACAGGCCAUUCCAUUCAGACGUUUCUGUCGUGGUGUAGGAAGGACUGCCCAGGCCAAGAAUAGGCACUCUAAUGGACAAGGAAGGUGGCCUGCCAAGUCUGCAAAGUUCAUCCUUGACUUACUCAAGAAUGCUGAGAGCAACGCAGAAGUGAAAGGUUUGGAUGUUGAUGCCCUAUAUGUUUCACAUAUCCAAGUCAAUCAAGCACAGAAGCAAAGACGCCGAACAUACAGAGCCCAUGGAAGAAUCAACCCUUACAUGUCAUCUCCAUGCCACAUUGAGUUGAUUUUAUCUGAAAAGGAAGAGGCUGUCAGGAAGGAGCCUGAGUCCCAGUUGGCAACCAGCAAGAAGGCUUAAACUCAAAUUGACCCAGUUUAUGUUAAGAGAACAGUUUUGUUGCCAUGUUUAGUUUUCUUCUGUUAUUUGUAUGAGAUAUUUUUAGUCUUUCUAAAUUUUUGUUUUAUUAUACUGAUUAAAUUAUCGAGGCAAUUUGAAACCUUGUGUUUUCAACUUUUUAAAAAUGAUUCAUCUACUAGAUUUUAUGCUGCUUGGUUCAGCCUAGCAAUUUUGGUUCCA